AUGGUGCUCGAUAUCCUGACUUUCUCGGUGUCCCCAACCACAGGGUUUCUUCCUGAGGAGCUCCCGCUUCGAAGAUUGCCUCAGGAUUACUACAAGCCCUGGGAAGACAUAGUGGAGAAUUUGCCGGCUCUUCUUCUCUCGAGAAAAAUCAGGUCGAUCAUAGACAAGCUCCCACAACUCGAAACAAGCCAGUUGAAGCUGACUCCAGAACUCAGAAGAGCGUACCUGGUGCUUGGUUUUUUGGCCCAUGGCUAUGUUUGGGGUGAUAGCGUGCCAGUGUCCAAGAUUCCUAUGCAAGUGGCCACUCCACUAAUAGAUGUGGCCGAUCAGUUGGGUCUUCCUCCGCUUGCUACGUACGCUGGCUUGUGCCUUUGGAACUUCAGAGAGAUAAUGCCGGGGUCCAACGAAUACGCCCAUGGCAGGUUCAACUGGGACAAUCUCACCACCAUUAACACUUUCACAGGGUCGAUAGACGAGUCGUGGUUUUACUUGGUUAGUGUAUUCUUUGAGUAUAGCGGGGGCCAGUGUGUGAAGUUUGGCUUGCAAGCGAUGGACCAUGCGAGAAAUGGCAAUGUGACUCACUUGAUCAGAUGUCUUCAGGAACUAGCACAAGCAAUAGACCACUUGGGGUCGGUGCUCAUGCGGAUGGAGGAAAUGUGUGAUCCUCAUGUGUUCUACUUCAGAAUCAGGCCGUACUUGGCUGGCUGGAAGAACAUGCAAGACGUGGGGCUCCAUCCUAAUGGUGUUAUUUACGGCGACGAGAAAGCCCACAGAUCUUACGCUGGAGGUUCCAACGCUCAGUCUUCGUUGAUUCAGUUUUUAGACUCCUUGUUGAGUGUUCACCACCAUUCCACAGGAGAUAGACCCGUGCCUGAAGUUGGUCGUACGACUGAACCACAGAAAGUUCAGAAAGGUUCAUCGGACAAUGCUUUCCUUGUGGAAAUGCGUAACUAUAUGCCCAGGGAACACAGAGAGUUCUUGGAAAUGGUAGAUAAAGAGAGCCUGAUCCGUGAUUUUGUAUUUCAACACAAGGGGGCCUCCCCAGAGCUCACGCUAAGCUACGAUGCUUGCUUGGCGAUGCUCAAGCUGUUCAGAGAUAAGCACAUUCAGAUUGUUACAAGAUAUGUCGUAUUGCAAGCCAAGAAAGCACCAAAGAUGGGAUCGUCGUCAACUCUUCGUUCAGGAUUAGCAAAGAAGAAGGCUGCUGGCGUAGAAGAGAAGGGCACUGGCGGUACUUCUUUGCUCCCAUUCCUCAAACAAUGCAGAGACGAAACAGGAGACCCUGCUGCUGGUAGCUGGGGUAAGCGUAUCCUCAGCGAUGGUGUGAUGCGUCUAGGGUACUCGAAGCCGAACGGUGUGAACGAAGAUGAUUAG